AUGAGAUCCACCGUCUUUGGUGGACAACGUUUGGAAAAACAAUCUGAUGAUUUAAGUGCUGAGAAGCGUGCGCAAUUUGAAGAAGAUCUCGUGAAGGAGAAUGAGGCUCUGUUGAACGCUUUGGGUAAUACAGCAGCUAAAGUGAAAACUUCCGCAGAUACAUUACGACAAGAGGUGGAAGAACAAAAUCAAAUGCUUUCUUUCGUGGGUUCCGCCUUCUCGCGUGCAUCGAGUGGUGUCAAUCGGUCUGUGGGUCGUAUCGGAGAGGUGGUGCAACGUUAUGGAUUCCGCCACACACUUUUAAUUGGGGUUGUGGUGUUUUUCGUUUUGAUCUUCUUUUGGUGCGUUCUACUGCGAUAG